GUGGACUUCGCGCCAACGAAGCAGGGUUUGGUGGUGCAUCGUAAAACCCUCUCCCGCGGAUCACCAUGGAGCUGAUGUCGAGAUCGCUCCAGAUCGAGCAGAAGCUCUUCUAUCUCGACCUUAAAGACAACCCCCGGGCAGAGUUGCCACUCGAGCGCCCCCAGGACCACAAAAUUGACCUGGAACCCGGCGCGCAGCCUACCGUCAGGACCCAGUGGCGGCUGACUCAACCCGAACUCACGGAGUUGCGGAGCCAGCUAGACUACCUUUUGGAGAAAGGGUUCAUUCGGCCCAGCACGUCCCCGUUCGCAGCACCAACCCUGUUCACGCCAAAGAAAGACGGCGAACUACAAAUGUGCAUCGACUACAGGGCGCUGAAUCGGCGAACCAUUAAGUCUCGCUACCCAAUCCCACGCGCAGACGAUCUUCUCGAUCAACUUCGCGGAGCUCGCUUCUUCUCGAAAAUCGACUUACGCGGCGGUUACCAUCAGAUCCGAUACACCGUGGUGCCGUUUGGCCUCACGAACGCGCCCUCCACUUUCCAACUUACCAUGAAUGGCGUAUUCCGCGAUCUCCUCGACAAGUGUGUCAUCGUCUACCUUGAUGACAUUCUGAUAUACAGCAAGACACAGGAACAGCACCUCAAGGACCUCGACAAAGUUUUCCAGCGGCUGCAAGAACACCGCCUCAUUACGAAGGGCUCUAAGUGCGAGUUCCUAAAAUCCGAGCUGGAAUUUUUGGGACGUGUUGUGGGAGCGGACGGCAUCAAAAUCGACCCGAAGAAAAUCACCACAAUUCGCAACUGGAAGCCGCCGACGAAUUUACAGGAGCUGCAGAGUUUUCUGGGGUUCGUUAAUUACGUCCGAAGGUUUAUCCCCAAUAUGGCAGGGAUAACCGGACCGUUAACUGACCUGCUGCGGAAGGGCAUUUUGUUCGAGUGGGGGGAGAGACAGCAGACUGCUUUUGAUGAGCUGCGAAAUUUUUUGACGUCGCCCCCGGUCCUCCGAAUCGCCGACCCAUCUCGACCGUUCGAAGUCUUGACGGACGCCAGUGAUUUCGCCAUCGGUGCGAUACUGUUACAAGAUUUUGGCGACGGACUCCAACCAAUCGCGUAUGAGUCUAGAAAGUUGCAGGCAGCCGAGCGCAACUACCCAGUCCACGACAAAGAAAUGCUCGCCAUCGUGCACGCAUUCAAGGUGUGGCGAUGCUACCUAACGGGAGCCCACGUAAUAGUACGGACAGACCAUAAAUCUCUACAGUACCUCCGUGCGCAGCCGAACCUCAAUCCGCGACAGAUUCGCUGGCUGGACUUCCUCGAAAGCAAUUUCCACUACACAAUCACGUACAAACGUGGGGCGAAUAACAUCGCCGACGCACUGACACGACCAUCCGCCCACCUCGCAUCCAUCCUUGUCGCAAAAUCCAUCCCGCUACUCACUGGCCUAUUUACCCACGGCUACACCACAGACCCCUUUUUCACCCGCAACCUCCAUCAGCAAACCACCACAGCCAAAGGACCCUACUUCCUCAAAGCUGGUACUGACCGUAUCUGGGUUCGUGCAUACAGACUCCUCCGCGAAUUACUUAUCCAAGAAGUCCAUGAUUCUAACCUCUCCGGUCAUUUCGGGGUUGACAAAACCCAGAAGUUACUUCACCGUUUUUAUUACUGGCCUGAUUCAGCGUCUGAUGUGCAGAGAUACGUAUCCGCGUGCCCGAUCUGCCAACGCAUGAAGUCUUCUCGACAGCGGCCAGCUGGACUGCUGCAACCGCUCGAUCCACCCCAACGGCCGUGGCAACACGUGACGAUGGACUUCGUCACGGGACUCCCGGCGACCACCACGGGCAACGACGCUGUCCUCGUCGUCGUCGAUCGUCUCACAAAGAUGGCGCAUUUCGCACCAUGUCGCACAACAAUCACAGCCGAAGAUACCGCAAAACUUUUCAUCUCCACCGUUGUUCGUUUGCACGGGUUACCGUCAGCGAUCAUCAGCGACCGCGACCCAAAAUUCACGUCCAAGUUCUGGCAAGAGACAUGGGCCCAGUACGGCACACGCCUCCAAUUUUCCUCCGCCUAUCAUCCUCAAACCGACGGCCAGACCGAGCGCACCAAUCAAACCAUGGAGCAGCUGAUACGCACCAACUGCCCCGACCUUGACCGGUGGGAAGAAUUCCUGCCCAUGCUGGAAUUUUCCUACAAUAAUGCCCCAUCUGCUUCGACCAAUCACUCGCCAUUUUUCCUCAACUACGGGAUGGAUCCGACCGUCCCAACGACUACCCACAUCGACAACCCCGUGAACGAGAUGGCGACGAAGAACCACCCGAACCUGGUGCGGCUGGUGGGGUACUGCCUGGACUUCAGUCCUGUGACUGAGAGGAUGGAGCAGAUCGUCAUCUACGAGUUCAUGCCCAAUGGCGACCUCGAGCAAUGGAUCGGACCUUCUGCAAAGCAGCAUCUGACCAUCCACCAGCGGCUGGACAUUGUCAUAGGCAUGGCUCGUGGUCUCGAGUAUCUCCAUGAGUUUGGUAUCGUGCAUCGUGACAUCAAACCUGCCAACAUCCUCCUCGAUGACAAAAUGAAGGCAAAGAUUGCUGACUUUGGGUUGGUGAGGCAUGGGGAGGGCACAUCUGUGGCAGCCACCCGAGUGAUGGGAACACCAGGCUACGUGGACCCCGCCUACUACAAGUCGCAGAAGGCCACUCCCAUGGCUGAUGUGCACAGGUGACCCGUUCAUCAAACCCAACAAUUAUCAG